UUCACCAGUAAUGGAUGGCUUCCAGGUUCUCUUACUCUCCAUUAGUGAAGAACUAGGCCCAAAUGAUGUCCAUGCCCUGAAGUUUUUGUGCUGCGAUAUCUUUCAAUGUGCAAAUAAAGAUAUGCAAGAUGCCAAAAGUAUAUUCCUCAAGUUGCAGAAGCAAGAGAUAUUAAGUGUGGAUGAUACAUUCAUUAUUAAGGAGCUUCUUUGGUCCAUAAACCAGUACAAUCUUCUCAGACAAAGACUUAACGUCCAGAAAGAGACAGUAGAGGAAGAAAUGCAAAUUCCAGGCAGAGCCAGAAUUUCAUGUUUCAGACGAUUCCUUUUCAACCUGGCUGAAGAGGUUACAGAUGAAGAACUAACACAGAUAAAACACCUGUUGUAUAAUAAAAUUCCCAAAUCCAAAAUGGAAAAUAUUACAAGUAUGCUGGACAUAUUUAUCGAAAUGGAAAAAAAUGGAAUGCUGAGCGAAAACACCUUGGUUGAUUUGAAGAAAAUAUUUGAGGCUGUCAAUAAAAGUCUCCUACGGAUGAUUGAAAACUAUGAGACAGGUUUGAAAAAGAAAUGCAACUCUCAAGAAAUCCAACUAAAGUUGUAUAAAAUGAGCAGCAGGCCACGUGGGAUAUGCCUAAUCAUCAACAACUUUAACUUUGCGACUGCCAGAGAAAGGAUUCCUAAUCUGGAAAUGAUGAAAGAUAGAACUGGAAGUGAGGUGGAUAAAGCGUCCUUAUAUCAAGUCUUCACCAGGCUUCACUUUGAGAUAGAUGAAAAAGAUAAUCUUUUUGCAGAGCAAAUUACCCAGACUAUUGACUCAUACAGUAAACAAGACCAUGCUCAGAGAGAUUGUUUCAUCUGCUGUAUCCUCUCUCAUGGGGACAAAGGGGUGAUUUAUGGAUGCAAUGGGCAAACUGUAAGCAUUUCUGAUCUCACUUCAUGCUUCACCAAGACAAGAUGCCCUUCUCUUACUGAGAAGCCAAAGAUCUUCUUCAUUCAAGCAUGCCAAGGGCACAAUGCCCAUGUGUCAGUGGAGAUGGAAGCUGAUGCCUGUAGUGGACUUUCUAGACUCCCAGAUGAUAAGUUAAUUCCUGAUGAACCAGAUUUCCUGUUAGGAAUGGCAACCACUAUUCACCAUGUGUCCUACAGAAGCCCCACUCUUGGAUCGUGGUACAUACAGUCUCUAUGUGAACAUCUGCAGAAGCUUUGUCUCAGAGAUGAAGAUCUUCUGUCUAUUCUGACAUAUGUGAAUAAGGAUGUUAGCAACAAAAAUCCCUCCUUGAAGCAAAUGCCACAGCCAUGUUCCAGUCUAAGGAAAAAACUCUUCUUCCAUGAUAACUGAAGAUGUGCUAUAUUACAUUUAGCAGCACUAAACACUAGAAGAUAUCCUUAUCAAGAGUCUUGACAUCUAUAAGAAGGAACUCUAGCCAUCCUUGGUGGUCCCAACUCUGCAUUGAGCUGGCCUUCAGGAAAUGACCUCACUCUUUGCCUCUUACAAAUACUUCUUAGAUUAUAAAUUGUCUUGGUAGCCCUAAUAUUUCUGUCUGAAUAUAUGUUAUGUUUUUAUUCUAUCACUUGUCAUGAUGUUAUGUAUUGUGGAAUGUGACAUUACAAACAGCAUUAAUAACAAUGAUAAUCUAAUAGCCACCUUACCUAGAACACAUUAUGGUUCUAGGUGAAAGAGGGGUUUAACUAUAUUGAGUUAGUGAGGCCUUAAAUAUGAAGCCCCUCGACAUGAAACAAAAUGCGAAAAUCAACCAAAUAAAUAUGAAUUGCUCUCAAUUUUGCUGAAAACCCAAAUCCUUCCUAUGGGUUUUGGCAAAUAUUCAACAUGAAUUAAUUCCCACUUCCCAAAGUUGCAUCCGAAUUAGUACUUUAAAUUACAAGUUUCUUGUAGCAAUUUCUCCAACAGACCAAAAAAUCUGGGCGUGCAACAAUUUGACCACAAGCCUAAAUAUCAAGGUUGCAGGCUAUAUAGGUAAAGGACCUUAUAUUCUACUAUCUAUUCCUUUUUUUUUUUUUAUUAAAUCCUUCUUAACCUGUAUCUGGGGCUUUUUUAUACAUUGAUGGCAUUAGAAUAACUUGCAAAGCUAAGAGCUUUAGUCUGUUAUUGAUAUAAUUGCUAUUUUUUUACUAUAAAAACAAAAAUGUAAUUUAUUCCCAAUUAAAAAGUGAGAUUAAAAUUAAAA